AUGCGAGGUCUAGUGUUUCUGCUGCUGGUGGCAGCAGCCAGUGCUAAGGUAUAUCAGAGGUGUGAGCUCGCCACCAUUCUCAAUGACGCUGGUAUGGACGGAUAUCGCGGGACCACCUUGGCCGACUGGAUCUGCCUGAUCAAGUGGGAGUCCAACUAUAACUCUUCGGCCAUCAGCGGCAACUUUGACGGUUCUACAGAUUAUGGCCUCUUCCAGCUCAACAGCAGGUGGUGGUGUGACGACGGGAAAACGCCCCUAUCAAGGAACGGUUGCCAUGUCAACUGCACAGUCCUGCUAACAGACAACAUCAGGCCAGCCAUCGUAUGUGCCAAGCGUGUGGUCAGAGACUACACCUGGCUGCGUUCCUGGUCCGGCUGGCGUAAUUACUGCAUGGGCAGGGAUCUAAGCUCGUACAUCGCCGGCUGCAAGCUCUAAUGGUGCAAAGUACACACGCAACUUCAUUAAACCACGGGGAAAAUGUUUGGAGCUUCGUAUGUAUACAUAGGCCUACGGAUUUGUCUACUCUUGUCUACUGUAAUGGUCACAUAUGAUGUGAUUCUGUAAUUAAUAAAGUCCUUUUGAAAU